AUGGCGACUGCUUCCGACGAGGACGAGUAUCGACCAAGCGACGUCGAAUCUGUCGACGCAGGAGCUGAGGCUGACUCGGGCCACAAUGAUCUUGUUCCAGUGUCAAUGUCCCGGAGGGCGAGCUCGUCUGAUGGGAGGGCAGGAUUCGACGACGACGAUGAUCUUGAUGCAUCGUCACUUUCGGCCGCAUCAAUCACUUCUCGCAAGCGGCGCUACCUUCCAGACUAUUCGGGCGCUCCCCUCAAACGACAGCGCCGCACCUUCAAUCCGGACUACCUUGCCAUCUUGAAUCAGGAUAUUGCUGACGCCGCGGCCAACUUGGUUGGUGAGGACGUCUCUCACCUCAACCCUUCUCAGAUUGGCGCCGUCCGAUGGUCCGACAUCGAGAAGGAGGCCUUCUUCUCCGCCCUCGGCCGUCUGGGGCGGGACGAUCUGCCAGGUAUCGCUGCCCGCAUUGGAACCAAGAGCCAGCUCGAGGUGCGGCAGUACAUUAUGCUUCUUUCACAACGCGAGCGCACCCGCAGGGACGACACGGAGCUGCGGCGGAAGACUCUGCGGCCCGCGGACCUCCCCGCCGCCGCCGAGCUGAGCCACGACUGCUGCGCUGCCCUGGACGAGGCGGCGGACGAUCUCUCCUUGCGGCAGGAGAACUACGAAACCUCGGCCGAGGAGAAGCGAUGGGGAGACCACUGGCUGAUCACGCAGCAGACGCUCAAGGAGCUCGAGGCAGCGCAGAAUCACGCUGAGAUGCCGUUCCUGGACUUGUUCGUCGCCAGGAACUGGCUGAGGCUGUCGGACCGGAUCUUCCUCAACUCCAAGAUCCCCGACUUCAACUGGCGAUACGUCUCGGAAGAAGCCCCGGCCAUCAGAGCCACGGCCUUGUCCGACUUCCAUGCGCUGGUUGUCAGCGUCACGAAACGCCUCGUGGCGAGCACGCUGUUCAUGGCAGGAAUGCGAAUCAAGGCGAAGAGGGAGUAUAUGCCGACGACCAGAAACCUUGUCCGCGCGACAGACGUGGAAGCAGCGGCCGCUUCACUGUCCAUCAAGACCAGCAGCCGCGAGUUCUGGGCUCGAGCUGCCGGGAGAUUGAGAAUAGAUAUUGUCCAAGACAAGACAGACCCGAGCGAGGAGGCUUCAGACGAAGGGCACAGCGAUGACGAGGAAGCGGUCAUGUCGUACAGAGAAGUCGAGGCAGCGCUCGGAGGCAGCCAGGAUGGACCCAGACAUGACUCUGCGCAGGAUUCCUCAGUGGAUACCGAAGACAGCUCUGAAGAAGAUGAGCAGGAGCACGCUGAAAUGGCGGGAGCAGACUCGGAUCUGGAUAUUGACGAUACCCUUAAUGACGAAGCCAUCAAACAAGAUAUGCGCGAGGCAAUGCACUUCUCAGCCGAUUUUGAGGGUACGACCCGUGCCCGGCAGGGUCUCCAGGGCCGCAUCGAGGCCGAACACCGAAUGGAGGCCGAGGCCGAGAGCAGUGACUUGCAGGCCAGCAGGGAGGAGGAAGCCCGACUGUGGUCGAUGAUGCGACAGUCUGACGAGCCAAUAUCUGGAGGAACAGCAACCAAGGAGCAGGCCGGGGGCCAGGUUAGAAGGCCAGUGCAUGAGCCGAUCAUGAAGGACUGGAGAGAUGGCAUCAGAUAUGUAAGCCCGUGGGAGACCCGUGCCGAUGUUGAGUGA